CAAAUUACAACCCUACGCCUUUUAACAAAACAGGGUCUAGACAUCCAAUCGAACACCGCCGCGAACGCUUUUCCCCUUCGUAGCCACCCUAACCCCGUGGCGGCGAUGGGCCGCGGUCCCCUUCCCGUCCCUUCCUCAUGAGACUCAAACCCUCCUCCUUCCCCACCACUCUCUCUCUCUUCACCAAAACAAACCCCUCUCUCACUUCCCCUCUCUCUCCAACCGCCUGUUCCAUGGCCACCGACGCCGCCUUCGACGACGACGACCGAAUUUGCUCCGAACCCACCCAACACCCCGACCAAAACCAAGUGGAUUGUUAUUUGGGUAAUCCGAGCGGGUACUUGAGCGGCGAGUGUAGGAUCGAGAGGGCGUGGGCUCACUGGAAGAAGCUGGGCCAGCCCAAGUUGAUUGUGGCCCCCAUGGUUGACAACUCCGAGCUUCCUUUCCGAAUGCUGUGCCGAAAGUAUGGGGCUGAGGCUGCUUACACUCCCAUGCUUCACUCUCGUAUCUUUACGGAGACCGAGAAGUAUAGGUGUCAAGAGUUCACCACUUGCAAGGAGGAUCGCCCAUUAUUUGUCCAAUUCUGUGCCAAUGAUCCAGAUACUCUAUUGGAAGCUGCUCGAAGAGUGGAACCUUAUUGUGAUUAUGUGGACAUAAACUUGGGGUGUCCUCAACGUAUUGCUCGGCGGGGGAACUAUGGAGCUUUUUUAAUGGAUAAUCUUCCACUCAUCAAGUCUCUAGUAGAAAAAUUAGCUCUCAACCUUAAUGUCCCAGUAUCAUGCAAAAUACGAAUUUUCCCGAAUUUACAAGAUACAAUAAACUAUGCCAAGAUGUUGGAAGAUGCCGGUUGUUCUCUCUUAGCAGUUCAUGGCCGUACAAGAGAUGAAAAGGAUGGCAAAAAAAUCCGUGCCAACUGGAGUGCCAUAAGGGCUGUCAAAAAUGCUGUCAGAAUCCCAGUCCUUGCGAAUGGGAAUAUAAGGCACAUGGAUGAUGUGGCAAGCUGUUUGGAGGAGACUGGAGCCGAUGGGGUGCUCUCAGCGGAGUCUCUACUUGAGAACCCAGCUCUCUUUUCUGGGUUUCAAACGGCUGAAUGGGUACGGGGUUGCAAAGGAAGAAACGAGGAAGGAGGAAAACUAGACCAAGCAGAUUUAGUGGUUGAGUAUUUGAAGCUUUGUGAGAAGUAUCCUGUGCCAUGGAGAAUGAUCCGGUCUCAUGUGCACAAGUUGCUGGGAGAGUGGUUCAGGGUUCAACCGUGUGUGAGGGAGGACCUUAAUUCCCAAUCGAUACUUACUUUCGAAUUUCUUUAUGGGCUGGUGAAUCGGCUUAGGGAGCUGGGUGUGAGGAUACCGCUUUAUACGAAAGACACUCCUGUGGGAAAAAUACAGGCAAAUGGAAUUGGUGCAUGAAUUGCUUGCACAACAUGCGAGAGCUUUACACUUACAUUAGUCAGCAAAUUCUAGUAACUUAUAGCUACCUGAUCAAAUGAAGAAUUUAGAAGGUAUAUGAGAAAGAAGCACAUAAGGUACUUGCAUCUUUGGACUUCCUAUAUGGUGAUUAUGUCUUGGAAACUCCAUCCACCCUUUUGAGAUUUGGUUGGGACGAUUACUAACAUUCUAUAUUUCUUGACUAGGUGAGUUUCUUCGAUAAUUGAGAGUUUUUCUCCGACAGUCGAUUUGUUGAAUUCGGGAUGUUUUUUAGAGGUGGUCUUAAUUUGUACUCCAGUAAUGUCAUGGUAGAUCCGUUCUUUGUUUUGUGUGUAGCAGUAAUAUCAGACUGAAUGAUUUCUUGCUCUGAGAAGUUUUGUACUCCACUAUAGAGUGUUCACUAUUCAAAUGUCAGUAACAGAACUGGUGCAUUUCCCAAUA